UCCCCCUGGGAGCGAACAAUUCACCAGCAGAGACUUUCAGUGUCCCAACUGCCCUCGCACCUUCGGUUUGACGCACCGGCUAAAGAAACACUUAUGCGAAUGCAGCAAAAAAUUACAUUUCAAGUGUCCACAUGGCAAUUACUGCGGCUUUUGACUUUUACGAGACAAUACCACGUCGAUUGGAAGCGAAUCAAAUAGCUGGGAAAGGACAACGUGGAAAAUAUAUUUGUCCCAAUCCCAACUGUGCCAGGUCCUUCAACUGGAAGGGAAAUCUGACAAGACAUCUCAAAUACGAAUGUGGUUUACAACCGCGUUUCAAGUGUCCACACUGUCAUUAUUGCUGCAAGGUUAAAGGUAUUAAUGGAUCUUUCAAAGCUUUUGGCCGAUCAUUCAUCGGCGACAUCGACAGUGAAGUUAGAUUUCCGUGCCCAAAUCGUAACUGUGGUCGCGUCUUUAACUGGAAAAGGAACCUGACGAGGCAUCUGAAGUAUGAAUGCGGCCUUCAACCACGCUUCAAGUGUCCCUACUGCGAUUACUACGGCAAGCUCAAGGGCAAUGUUAGCAAGCAUCUCAUUCGGAGACAUAAGAAUCGGAAAAUUUAUGUCAUCGAUCUAUUUCACGGGACAUCGUAAAUGCAAUCCAUGUAUACGCGUCUUUCAUUUGUUGCAAAAUAAAGAAACCUACUUGUUCAUA